GCUUAAAAGAGUGGGAGAGCAGUCAACUCCGUGUCCUUAUCCUCCGCAUGUUCAAGUGAUCAGUCAUGGCUGCAGAAGCAAAGCAGACGUGUUACGAGGGCAGCUCUGUCCAAAGCUUUCAGUUCUACCUGGAACAGUCGGGAGAACACAAGGCCAUUCUCCAGUGUGUUCACAGCAUCCUGCCAGGAGAAUUUAAAAGAAUUGGAGCAGGUAAAAGUGACCUGAGUGUUCUUGGCGUUGGCAGUGGUGGAGGGGAGUUGGAUGUCCAGAUGCUCUCUCUACUGCAGUCCUCAUUCCCUGCUGUUCCUAUCACUGCUGACAUUGUGGAGGGCAGCUCUCAGCUCACAGCCAACUUCAAAGCUUUGGUAGCUAAGACCACAAACCUUCAGAAGACCCCAUUUGCUUGGCAUAUCAUGAACAGUGAGGACUAUGAGGAGGAAGUGAAAUCAAAGGGAGACAUGAAGAGAUUUGACUUCAUACACAUGGUUCAGAUGCUGUACUAUGUGGAUAACCUCGGUAAAACUAUCAAGUUCUACCACAGCCUUCUGAAAAACAACGGCAGACUUAUGAUCAUCAUUGAAGCAGCCGGUGGUGGCUGGGACACUCUGUGGAAGACUUACAAGAAAGAGCUCUGCGUCGACGCCAUCACAGAGUAUCGUUCAUCAGCAGAGGUGGUUGCAUGCCUGAAGAGCCAGGGUCUGAAAUACGAGGAGCACACCAUACACAACGCCUUUGACAUCACUGAGUGCUUCGAUCCAAACAGCGCAACUGGAGAACGUCUGUUGAAUUUCAUGACAGCCAAAGAUCACUUCUACCAGUCCUUCACCCAAGAGAUCAGGGCAGGCAUGUUAGACCUCCUCAGAAACAAGUGCAGCACUGAAAAAGAUGGCAGGGUAUUCUUCAACAGCAAUUUGAGCUGCAUACUCGUUUAUGCUUGAUGAUGUCCUGUGGAAAAUGUCCACACUUUCUCAUUUCUCCUCUUGCAUUCAGUUAACCCUGACAUUUGAGCAGAUAAACAAUAUGUUUGCCUGUUGCUAAGGUUUGCUGUAUGCAGAACAUUUUUAUGUUUUCCAAAAUUAUCAUUGAAAACAUUUCAGUCCCUAUUUGGUUAUUAAAAUCAGUGUCACAG